CACAAACAGAGAAAGAGAAAAAUGGAUUGGAACGGUGCCAGUACUAAUUUCAGACCACUCCAUCAGAAUUCUUUCAAUCAUGUUUACAACUUCGGUUUUCAUGAUCAGUAUCCUUCGGGAACAAUGGCGGAGGCAGAGGUGCCGGCUAAUCAUCGACCUCAUGACAAGAAGAAGAGGAUGACCAUUGAACAGUUGGACUCACUUGAGAGAAGUUUCCGAGAAGAGAUAAAGCUUGACCCUGACCGGAAAAUGCAGUUGGCUAGAGAACUCGGCCUGCCGCCGCGCCAGGUUGCGAUCUGGUUCCAAAACCGACGUGCCAGGUGGAAAGCUAAGCAGCUCGAGAACUUGUACGAGUCCCUCAAACAACAGUUUGAUGUUGUCUAUAGAGAGAAGCAAAAACUAGAACAAGAGGUUUCGGCAUUAAAGGCAAUUCUACUCGAGCAAGCACCAAAAAACGGGAUGACAAUGGGGUACACCGAGAUUUCAGAGGAGGAGACAAAUGAUAGUGCAUCGGCUGGAAAUGGGAUGAGCUCCGGCAAGACUUGUCAGCAUGACAACAAUGUUAACUAUGUCGGAGACUACAACCCCAUGGUGCAGCCGGCUCCUCACGUGAUGGCCCCUUUCUGGUCUCAUCAACUGCCUAAUCCUUACCCUUAA